AUGGAUGGCAAGUCAAGAUCAGGAGAUUGGGCACUGCUUUCGGAUUGGGCACUCGACUUGAUUUUCCGAAAGUUGCCUUCCAUCUCUGAUUGCUUAUGCUUUAGCCUAGUGUGCAAGCCUUGGUUUUCCUUUGUGUCCAACAAUUAUGAUGUCCUACAACAACGCAUCAACUCAAGUUCCAUUGAAGAACUUCCUCUACUAAUAAACUUUACGGAUGAAGAUAUCUGUUUCGCUGCUUACCCUCUGAAUCGAUGUGUUGGUUCUUCUCAUGGUUGGUUGGCUUUCCAGCAGCGUGGUUUCGAUAGUUUCUUCCUUUUCAAUCCUUUCUCCGGUGAGACCAUCAAUCUUCCUAACCUUAAAAUUUAUACAGAUAAAGUUACUCUAUCCAAGAAUCCUUCAACCAAUCCACAUGAUUUUGAGGUUGCGGCUCUAUGCAAGAACUUGGAUAGAGGAGAGAGUUUGGCUAUCCUAAAACCUGGUAAUAAGACAUGGUUUCGCAUUAGUUUUCGUGGUCGGCGUCCUUGUGAUGUGAUAUACUACAAUGAGAGAUACUAUGUUGUCUUUACCGAAGGUAGUAUUUUCUCUAUAGAUAACACUGAUAACCCUACUGUGAGACAUGAAAUUGCACCACCACCGUCAAUGUAUACUGUCCUAGAAUUUUAUCUACAAUUUUAUCUCGUCAAGACCACAACAAACGAGCUGCUAAGGGUUGAAAGAUCUCCACCUAGUCCAUCUUCAAGUGUUAAGAUCUGUAAGUUGGUUACAAGUCCAAAGACCCAAACAUCCAUGUUUGUAGAUGUGGACAACUUGGGAGAUGAAGCCUUAUUCGUGUGUCACAACGGUUCCACGUCUGUCUCAGCUUCCAAAUUUCCGGGAUGUAAACCAAAUUCCAUAUACUAUAUGGACCGGUCCUAUACACAGUCACGUUUUGAUAAUUUUCAUUAUUCUGUGGACCAUAUUAACCUUCAAGAUCGCAGCUCUCACACGCAAUUUUCUUUCUUUCAAAAGUUCAACAUCGCGCCACGGGCGCUAUGGAUCAUUCCUACCCCAAAAGUUACUACUACUUCUUAG